AUGUCCUGUGUGGAACCUGCGGUUUGCCAUUCUGCGUGCUGCGGCAAUGCUGCCGAACGUGCUGACGCCAUUCAAAAGGCGCUGCUGGGUCAAAACCGAGUCAAAAUCUUAGUCUAUGAGGAGACCACCGGGGAAUUCCGAGAAACCACACGGUCCUUUUCUUCACCUCAGAAAACCCAGCUUGCUGGGUCAGCAAAUAUUGGGAGAAAGCGUGAGAUAAAAGUAAAUCAUAAUCGUGGGCAGCACUUCCCGAACAUUUGGAUACAGAGUUUGGGCGAGGCCUUUUUAGGGAUCCCUCGCAAAGUUCGUCGGGGCCCCUGCGCUCCACAUGCAGCUUCAAUGCAGCCUGUGGGCACAAGAAGCUCCGGUCUACCAGAUUACCACCAGAGUAGCCGUGACGAGGAUUUUGCUAGCGCUGACACUAUCUAG